GCCCGGCCCAAACUGACAUUUGUCUAAUUUCAGCUUACCAAACAAACAUCUACAUUAAAAUUUCUGCACAUCAUGUCUAGAAUGAGAUGUUAGCGAUCGGGCUAGCGGCUGUUUUGGCUGCUCUUUUCAUCUGUUGUUCCGGCGCGUCGGUCAACUAUUGUGGGGCUGCGAUGUGUGGGAUGUCUAAUGCUCACACGUUUUGUCAGUACACCGAGGGUCCAGGUCCCAAAUGUACCGGUUACAUAGACGACCGUCUCUCGGGCGAGGAGAAGACGCGUUUGAUUGGUCGUAUGAACCGUCGUCGUAAUGAGGCAGCUCUAGGCAAAUUACAACUGCCUGCAGCUAGCAAUAUGCUUAAACUGCGGUGGGUCGAAGAGUUAGCGCGAGAGGCGCAGGUAUGGGCAGAUCAAUGCAACCCGCCUAGCUUUCCAGAGGGACAUGAUAUGUGCAGGGAUCUUUUUUCAAUAACAGUAGGUCAGUGCGUGGCGUCAGUGGUGGGCGAAGCGCCCGGCCUCCGACCUGAGACCAUGGUCGACAUGUGGUACUUGCAGGGCCGGCAGAAUACCAUCCCCACGGAUGACAAGAACUAUCCAAUGGACUUCGCGCAAAUGUUAUGGGCACACACGUACUUAGUUGGCUGCGCUAGAAGCCGAUUUAUGAUAGAGCAAAACGGACGUCUUCGUACAGUAACACGGCUGGUGUGCAACUUCGCACCGCGCGGACCGGAGGGACCGAUGUGGAUCCCAGGAACGCCUGCAUCCGCCUGCCCGGCUCGUUCGGGACCUGACCCGGUGUUUUCUGGACUUUGUACCUUCCCUGAAACGGCUCGAGAACUGGAAGAGGCAUUGGAAAACAUGGAGAAAGCUCUCGCAUUUCCGCCAGUUUCCAGUAAGGUUCGCCGAGAUUUACGUCAACCACAAGAAUCUAAAGAUACACAAGAGCGAAGAGAGAAUGAACCAAGAUCACAAAAAGAGCUUCCGAAAGAGCUAGCCCAAGCCCAAAACUUGAAAGAAAUCGGCACGCCCGACUCAGCUCCAAUCAUGUCUAUAUUGACCAAAUACGCUCCGUUGAUAAAAAGCUAUGAAAACAUUUUCAAACGAAGCGAUGCAUCAAAUACCACCCUUAGUUCAGUAGUUUUGGUGUUAGGGUUCUUAGUUUCAAACAGUUUGUAAACUUAAAUGAAGUAGAGUCCAACCACGGUAAAUCAAAACUUAAAUAUCCUUUAUUUUUAAGCAACGAAGGCUCAUAGAUACCGAUGACAUAAAUACAAUAAUGAUUCAAGCUAAGUUUGCAUUGAUUGGAAGUAACAAAUACAUAUUCCAUAGGCCAUAGGCCAUCUUGAUUAAGCACGAAGCAUGAAAACAGCCUGGUUGGACUCCUAUCAAUUUUUCUGAACAACAUUUCGAAGAAUUAGAUAUAUGUGUCCCCCUAUGGAGCAUCUAUCCAUCUAUUAAAUGUGAUUGCUUUAAUGUACUUUAAUCAACUUUCCAUUUGUGACGUUUGUAUUUCGUUCAUCAAUCUUCUUACCGUUUAUGAUAAACAUCUUAAAAUCGAUUUAGGGGCAUUCCAGGAAAUUGUUGGGCACCUUACCCAACUUUUUGACACUUCGGAUAACGCUAAAGCUAAAGAAGCCGAUGUUAGGCAUGAUAAUGUUUGAUAGCUUUAGCUUAGCUUUCAAUUGAACGGUAUGUAAUACAGAUUUCUGAAGGCUAUUAAGGUACCUUCCAUACUCCGACAAAGUAGACCUUUUUGUGGAAUGCCCCUUAACGCUUACAUAAAGUACGUUGAUUUUUUCAAAUCCUAAUAAUUCUGUAAUUGUUUAAUUCUGUUUUAUAGCUGUGCACCUAGUUGAAAUAACCUAUAUU